GAACGGAGAGGGACUAUGGCAUCAAACAGCCUGUUCAGCUCAGUGACACCAUGUCAGCAAAACUUCUUUUGGGAUCCCAGCACAAGCCGGAGGUUCAGCCCCCCCUCCAGCAGCCUGCAGCCCGGCAAGAUGAGCGAAGUCAGCCCGGUCGUAGUAGCCCAACAGCAGCAACAGCAGCAGCAGCAACAGCAGCAGCAGCAAGAAGCAGCGGCCGCCGUGCCCAGGCUGCGCCCCCACGAUAACCGCACCAUGGUGGAGAUCAUCGCUGACCACCCCGCCGAGCUGGUCCGCACCGACAGCCCCAACUUCCUCUGCUCCGUCCUGCCCUCGCACUGGCGCUGCAACAAGACCCUCCCGGUGGCAUUCAAGGUGGUGGCCUUAGGAGAAGUGCCUGAUGGGACAGUGGUCACCGUCAUGGCUGGAAAUGAUGAGAACUACUCUGCAGAGCUGCGAAACGCUUCGGCCGUGAUGAAGAACCAGGUGGCCAGAUUUAAUGACUUAAGAUUUGUGGGCAGAAGUGGAAGAGGGAAGAGCUUUACUUUGACAAUAACUGUCCUGACAAAUCCCCCACAAGUCGCUACAUACCACAGAGCUAUAAAGGUUACAGUGGAUGGGCCAAGGGAGCCAAGAAGGCACAGACAGAAGCUUGAUGACUCUAAACCUAGUUUGUUCUCUGAACGCCUCAGUGAUUUAGGGCGCAUUCCUCAUCCCAGUAUGAGAGUAGGGGUCCCGACCCAGAGCCCACGGCCCUCUCUGAACUCUGCACCAAGUCCUUUUAAUCCACAAGGACAGAGUCAGAUUACAGACCCCAGGCAGGCACAGUCAUCCCCGCCAUGGUCCUACGACCAGUCUUACCCAUCCUACUUGAGCCAGAUGACUUCACCAUCCAUUCACUCCACAACUCCCCUGUCCUCCACUCGAGGCACAGGACUUCCAGCCAUCACCGAUGUGCCCAGACGCCUCUCAGACUCAGACCCUUGCACUCCUGAUGCUCCACCUGCUGCCACUUCACCACCAACUUCUGAAGAAGCGGGACCUUUCACAGCUCCAGCAUCACCUUCCUCUUCCUCUGAUGCUGGCACAGCAUCAUUUUCACCACCAUUACCUGCCUGUGUUGCAGCUUUACAUUCCAAGCCUCUGCCUGUUCUACCAUCAACAUCAACUUCUGCUGCCACUCUUCACCCUGGACACCCUUCUCUUCCUGCACCACCCACCUCUACCCCAUCCCUGCACCCUGGAUUGUAUUUGCCAGUAGUCCCACCUGGCAAUGCCACCCACCUCAUCAACUGGCUGCCCUUCCUUGCUUCUGCAACACUUGCCACCAUUCGAGGGAAGGAGGAAGACCAAGCACCCUUACCAACCGGCUCCCUGGAAGGCAUGAAGCGCUGCAGCAGCACCCCCCUGCCUCCCUCCCAUGAUGGAAAUCCCCAAGUGGCACCCAUGGGAGACAGGGCUCCAGGGGCUCCUUCCUCAUCCCCCUCCACCCAUGCUCUGCCUCCUCCAGGCUCUGAGCAGUCCUCAGCCAAUGUCAGUGACAUCCUGGCAGAGCUGAGGACGAUGAACGGCCACCUCUCUGUCAUUGCGCGAGCCCUAACACAGCUGGCAUCAUCUCUGGCACCACAGCAGGAGGAGGGGGGCACCCCACCCCCUUAGUGCGAGCUCUGCAGGGGCUGCUGGUGGCUGGGGACAGCCCAUGGUGGAGGUUGGAUGGAGGAAAGGGACCCUACCCAAACUUUUAUGUACCCU